UCCAGUGUGUUCAAAAAGUGUGCAGGGAAGCGCUAGCCGCACAUCAGGGAGACUCCAGCCAGCAGCCAACUUCAGGGAAGAACGAGUCCCUACCAGGAGUGAGGGCGCACUCAGCCUGGAACUGCAGACCUGGCCCAAGGCCGUUAGAAGAUGUUGGCAACACACGUGUUCCUUGUCUUUCUCUCCUUCUGCAUGCCCACCCUGGGGCAGUAUGAUCACUGGCUCUACUACCCUGAAUAUCAUGAGCCUCAAGCCCCCGAGCCCGUACCCACUCAGCCACCCAGCAGCCCUGCGAAGAUCCAUAUCAGGCUGGCAGGGGAGAAGCGCAAGCACAACGAGGGGAGAGUGGAGGUUUACUACAACGGAGAGUGGGGAACCAUUUGUGAUGACGAUUUCUCCCUGUACAAUGCCCACAUAGUGUGUAGAGAACUGGGCUACCUCGAGGCGGUGUCAUGGGCACCCAGCUCCAAGUACGGCAAAGGAGAGGGCAGGAUCUGGCUGGACAAUGUACACUGCACGGGGCGAGAAAGCAGCAUUGCGUCCUGCAGCUCCAACGGAUGGGGGGUUACGGACUGCAAACACAGUGAGGAUGUUGGAGUGCAGUGCAGUGAUCGACGGCUCCCGGGAUUCAAAUUCAACAACGAUCUGGUGGGACGCUUGGAGGAGUUGAACAUUCAGGUAGAAGAUGUGCGUAUCCGUCCCAUUCUGUCCGCCUAUCGCAAGCGAGUGCCGGUGACGGAGGGCUACGUGGAAGUCAAGGAAGAUGGCGUUUGGAGACAAGUAUGUGACACCCACUGGAACAAUAAAAACAAUCGCGUCGUGUGUGGCAUGUUUGGCUUCCCAGGAGAGAGAAAAUAUAACCACAAGGUUUACAAGAUGUUUGCGUUGCGUAAGAAACACACGUAUUGGCAGUACUUUCCAAACUGUACGGGAAACGAAGCCCACCUUUCUUCAUGCCGCAUCGGGGGCACUCUGUCUCCUGAUCCCAAAACCAACGAGACGUGCCAAGACGGGGCCCCUGUUGUGGUGAGUUGCACCGCCGGAAGAGCCUUUGCCCCGGGUCCUGCCUCAGGCUUCAGGAAAGCAUUCCGUCAAGAGCAGCCGCUGGUGCGACUCAGGGGAGGCGCUAACAUCGGAGAGGGACGUGUUGAGGUGUUGAAAAACGGAGAGUGGGGAACGGUUUGUGACGAUCAGUGGAACUUGGUGACGGCCAGCGUGGUCUGCAGGGAACUUGGGUUUGGCAGUGCCAAGGAAGCCAUUGCAGGGGCACGGAUGGGCCAAGGCAUGGGCCUCAUCCACAUGAGUGAGAUUCAGUGCACCGGGUUCGAGAAGUCGCUCACAGAUUGUAAAUUUAACGCCCUGUCCCCGUCCUGCAACCACGAGGAGGAUGCCUCUGUGAGGUGCAACGUGCCAGCCAUGGGCUUUCAGAACCAGGUGCGUCUCAGCGGAGGGCGUAAUCCCUCUGAGGGGCGAGUGGAGGUGCUGAUGGAGAGGAAUGGCACCCUCCGCUGGGGGACAGUGUGCAGCGAGGACUGGGGCGUGAUGGAGGCCAUGAUUGUGUGUCGCCAGCUGGGAUUGGGUUUCGCCAGCCACGCUUUCCAGGAGACAUGGUAUUGGCAGGGUGAUGUCAUGGCUGAUGAUGUCAUGAUGAGCGGGGUGAAGUGCUCUGGCACAGAGAUGUCACUGUCACACUGCAAACACGAUGGGGCCAACAUUAACUGCCCAAGAGGUGGAGGACGGUUUGCUGCUGGAGUGUCUUGUGCGGAGACUGCCCCUGAUCUUGUAUUAAAUGCCCCUCUGGUGGAGCAGACCACAUACCUGGAGGACAGGCCUAUGUUCAUGCUGCUGUGUGCCCACGAAGAACGCUGCCUUUCCUCCUCUGCUGACCGCACCAGUCCUACCACCGGCUUCCGUCGCCUGCUGCGUUUCAGUUCUCAGAUACACAACAAUGGACAGUCUGACUUCCGGCCCAAGAAUGGGCGCCACUCAUGGAUAUGGCACGACUGCCACCGUCACUACCACAGUAUGGAGGUUUUCACCCACUACGACCUGCUGAGUCUAAAUGGGACCAAGGUUGCAGAAGGUCACAAGGCCAGCUUCUGUCUAGAGGAUUCAGAGUGUGAAUCAGAGACCCAGAAGCAGUACGUAUGCGCCAAUUUUGGGGAGCAAGGAAUUAGCGUAGGCUGUUGGGACGUCUACAGACACGACAUUGACUGUCAAUGGAUCGAUAUCACAGAUGUGGCUCCAGGGGAUUACUUCUUCCAGGUCAUAAUUAAUCCCAAUCAGGAAGUGGCAGAGUCCGACUUUACCAAUAACAUCAUGAAGUGCCGCUGCAGAUAUGAUGGCCAACGAAUAUGGAUGUACAACUGCCAUAUAGGUGGAUCAUACAGCACUGAGACGGAAGAGAAGUUUGAGCAUUACAGCGGGCUCAUCAAUAACCAUCUUUCUACACGAUAAAAAAAAAAUUAACCUCUUCUUUACCGGGAGGACAAAACUAGUAUCAAUUUGUUCCCACAACCAGCAGGGCCUUGGGGACAACCACUGCAUGGUCCACGGCAUUAUCCCCUGCUUGUACCGCAGGGAACAGAUGUGCAGUGGACUUUUCCAGCUCAUUUUACAUUCCCUCGACACCAAAGACAAUGACCCAGGUGUGAUCAGUAGUUUGAAUACGUGUUGGCUGCCUGCAGACUCUCUGCCCUUUACGUUUCCAUUGUGUAACCGUUCAUAUAUCUCCUGUUUAAACGUACACGUUCCAUGCAUUAAUUACAUGUUGUGAUCCAGGA